ACGGACCACUAUCUUCACCAACCUUGAGUCAAGGAUUCGUCAGCCCUGACUCUGAAUACACUAUCCACCGACUCUGACCCCCCAGGCGGGCACCGAAUAUAUGGAGCUUACUGCCCCGAUUCAAGACGACCCUCAUGCGAUUGUCGAAAUGGCCUCUCUUUUAGCCGAUGCUCACGCGGAUACCCCCGUUGGUGCUUUUUUCAAAGUUCUCAGCGAAGAUGAUUCAGGCAAUUGUCCAGUAUGUUACUCCGCACUCCCAGAACUCAACGACGGGGGAGCUCAGAAUGUUCGUCCUUCCACAUCGCCUUUCUGUACCCAAGGAUGUCGUGAAUUGGCUGUCUGUAUGUGUAUCAUGUUGGAUGGAGCCUUACAAUCCAAGGCACAUGAAGUCAUCAUGCUUCACCUCCGGGAUACCCUGGCACAGAAGGCAUUGAAUAUCAUGCAGAAGAUAGCAGACAAGUCUUCGCAGCACCAACGGCCAUUACGCAGGCUGCUGAUCAAUUUGGCAACUGCUUGCAAUCAACUUCCACAGUCACUCUUCUUAAAAGGCGUCAGGCUUCUUACCGGGUCCGGGGAUAGGCUCGUCGCUGGAGGUUUCUCGGAUGUCCAUCGAGGUCGAUAUAACCAUCAGGAUGUCGCGCUGAAAGUGCUACGAAUAUUUAGCAACACGGACGAAGCAACUAGGAACGAUUUGAAGCAGAAACUGCAAUACGAAGCAUUACUUUGGCGAAACCUAAGUCAUCGUCAUGUUCUCCCUUUCUUUGGCAUCGACAAUCACAUCUUCCACAGGAGUCCUUGUAUGGUCUCACCUUAUAUGCGUAAUGGCAAUGUUCGGCACAAGGCUGAGGGGCUCAUUAAACGGGGUUAUAGCCCUGAUGACUUAUAUUAUCUUCACUAUCUGUUCAAAUGGAUGCAUGAGAUUGCUCAAGGUCUAGCUUAUCUUCAUCGCGAAGGCAUAGUGCAUGGUGAUUUGCGCGGCCCAAAUAUCCUUGUAGACGAUAACAGAAGCAUUCGUCUAGCAGAUUUCGGCCUUUCGGUGUUGUCCGAGGCUCAAAGCAGAGAAAAUAACUCAGCGAGAGGGGGUAAUGAACGAUGGAUGGCACCCGAGCAACUGAAUCCGGAGUUAUUUGGAACUACUUCUAAUCGUCCGACGACCGCAAGCGAUGUGUUCUCUGUUGGAUGUGUGUGCAUUGAGAUGAUUUGGUAGCUCUAUACAGCUCAGAAGCCAUAUAUCGGGCUCUCUGACUAUCAAGUCAUCGACGGUGUACCGAAGAACAGGAGGCCUCAACGCACCAAUGUCGUUAAUAACAUCGAGCGCACAGUACCAGGAGAACUUUGGAGAAUUGCCGAAAAAUGUUGGGAGCACCUUCCAGAAAACCGUCCAAGCAUCCAAUGGGUUGUCGAAGCCACGGGUGAGUUACAAGUUCCGGAUGAUUGGCUUCAGGCUUCGAGUUCCGCAAGAAGCGUUGCCAGUCGUUCCGCUUCGUUGGCUUCAUGAUCGACGAUGGAUGAUCGAGGGAGAAGAAUACCGAUCACAUGGUCAAGCAACAUUUCAGGUUAUGUUGAUUUAGAGCAUUGAAUACCCAAUCAUUAAUCCCUGUAAUACAAUGACAGAGAGACCGUCCAGUCAGAGGCGAGGUAAUAGCCACUAAGACUCACUAGUUGUUAUCGGUGUUAUAUGUAAGGACACUCCAAGGCAUGAGCAACGAGAAUGAAUCUUUUGGAAUGAGGGGUGCAAAGCGCGAUCCGCGGCUGAAGUCUGGUCAACUUUGGCAGGAUACCUAGUCACCAGGGCGAUCUGAACAUGCUUCAGAGCACGAUAGAUGGAUUCCGACUGGCAAUUCCAUUCGAACCAGCGAGCGACAUUAGUCACGACUUCAACCAUGCCAGCAUACUUCGAAUGACCAACUGGAGCAGUAGCAAUGAGGAUGUUAAGAUUUUCCAG